AUGACAGAAAUGAAAGUGAGGGAUGUGGCAAUCUUCACACUACCAAUGUUACCUCAAGGUAACCCCGAGUGGAAUGGUGCAGGAGCUAAACCGAUCAUACAGAAGACUACUGGAAUAUUAGAAAUGGAUGCAGUGACAACUUUGUCUGCACAGAUCACAUCAAUGCAGAAUAUGGUGACUGCUUAUUUUAGCAACAUAUGUCUUGAUUCAAGUGGAAACUCUGAUUUUCCUGUGGACUUUGUCAUUUUGGAUUUUGAUCCUGAUACCAAGGUCCCAAUUAUUUUGAGACGCCUAUUUAUAGCAAUGGGAGGUGCAUUAAUUGAUGUGAAGACCGUUAGACUAACAAUGAGGGUUCAUGACAAGGUUGAGGUAUUUGAUAUUUACAAGGAAAUGAAGUUGUCGGCGAUAUAUGAGGAGUUGUCAGAAUCACAUUCAUUGAUGAGGCAAUGGUGA